AUGAUUUCAACAAUCGGCACAACAACAAUUCAAGCCGCGAACGGCGGGACUCUGUCCACAACAACAGCACCAAACUCGUUAGUUAUGAAUCCUACGUCAAUGUUGGUAGAAAUGAAAAGCUUCAUUCCUUCUUCAUUUACUUUCGAAACAGAAAUCCAGAAGAUAAAGCAAGAACUUUUAACAAGUAAUUUAGACUGUAGUGCGAAAGAUGAAGAAAAUGAAGAAUAUCUUUAUGAAAUGCAGGACAUUAUUGACCAUUUGCCCAAAUUGCCUGAAAUCCAACAACAAAAACUAACCAUUCCCGAAUUUGACGAAAUUGAAGUCAAAGCAACUGACUCAGUAGAAAUAAAGAAGUUCAUACGUAAAGUAAAUUAUGAAUUCCUUGGUUUUCAUUGCAACCAUAAGGUUAUGGACAAAGAUUGCGACAUGGUAUAUAAGAAUAUUUCUGACAUAUAUAAAUCUGGGGAGUUUAAGACCUACGAUAACUUUGUUUCAUUAGUUGCAAAAUGUGUUUGGGAAAUAAGAGAUAAAGAUAGAAGAGGUAAGGUAUGGAAUGAAGUUAGUAUACAUAUCAAGGGUACGGCGGCACUGCACGCCUCCUUACCCAUGAUAUGUGAAUUUGACACUUUACAAAACCGUUAA